AUGAAGCUACUCUCUCUGACCGGUGUGGCUGGUGUGCUUGCGACUUGCGUUGCAGCCACUCCUUUGGUGAAGCGUCUGCCUUCCGGUUCGGACCCUGCCUUUUCGCAGCCCAAGUCGGUGCUCGAUGCGGGUCUGACCUGCCAGGGUGCUUCGCCAUCCUCGGUCUCCAAACCCAUCCUUCUCGUCCCCGGAACCGGCACCACAGGUCCACAGUCGUUCGACUCGAACUGGAUCCCCCUCUCUGCGCAGCUGGGUUACACACCCUGCUGGAUCUCACCCCCGCCGUUCAUGCUCAACGACACCCAGGUCAACACGGAGUACAUGGUCAACGCCAUCACCACGCUCUACGCUGGUUCGGGCAACAACAAGCUUCCCGUGCUCACCUGGUCCCAGGGUGGUCUGGUUGCACAGUGGGGUCUGACCUUCUUCCCCAGUAUCAGGUCCAAGGUCGAUCGACUUAUGGCCUUUGCGCCCGACUACAAGGGCACCGUCCUCGCCGGCCCUCUCGAUGCACUCGCGGUUAGUGCACCCUCCGUAUGGCAGCAAACCACCGGUUCGGCACUCACUACCGCACUCCGAAACGCAGGUGGUCUGACCCAGAUCGUGCCCACCACCAACCUCUACUCGGCGACCGACGAGAUCGUUCAGCCUCAGGUGUCCAACUCGCCACUCGACUCAUCCUACCUCUUCAACGGAAAGAACGUCCAGGCACAGGCUGUGUGUGGGCCGCUGUUCGUCAUCGACCAUGCAGGCUCGCUCACCUCGCAGUUCUCCUACGUCGUCGGUCGAUCCGCCCUGCGCUCCACCACGGGCCAGGCUCGUAGUGCAGACUAUGGCAUUACGGACUGCAACCCUCUUCCCGCCAAUGAUCUGACUCCCGAGCAAAAGGUCGCCGCGGCUGCGCUCCUGGCGCCGGCGGCUGCAGCCAUCGUGGCGGGUCCAAAGCAGAACUGCGAGCCCGACCUCAUGCCCUACGCCCGCCCCUUUGCAGUAGGCAAAAGGACCUGCUCCGGCAUCGUCACCCCCUGA